AUGUCCAAAGGAGCAAUAGCAGCAUGGGAUAUCUGUCCACUUUUUAGAGGUAUUGGAUGUGCAAGUACUUUAAUAAAUUUCCUCGUGAACAGUUAUUACACUGUUAUUCUUGGGUGGGCAUUUCAUUUUAUCUUCGCUUCGUUCAAUACAGAACUUCCUUGGACAAAAUGUGGUAAUUCUUGGAAUACUGAAUCAUGUCAUACAGUUGAUGUGAAGACAAACUUGAGUAAUUCCACACAGUUUUUACGUAAAGAUUUAAUGGAAGUUGAUCCCGCUGCGGAAUACUGGGAAAACAAAGUCCUACGGAUAUCCAGUGGUAUUGAUAAUUUGGGAACAGUUCAGUGGGACUUAGCUCUAUGUCUUUUACUAGCUUGGACCAUAAUUUUUCUGGCAAUUUGUCAAGGGAUAAAAACAUCUGGAAAAGUUAUGUAUUUUACUGCAACCACACCCGCAGUUAGACGGUGCAUCUACCGGUAUAUCAUAUUAUUUAAAACCGGACUGGAGAAAAUUGGCGGAUAUGACAGUUUGGUCAGAUGCUGGAACUCAAAUUUUUUCAGUUACGCUAUUGGUCUAGGUGCCUUAACAGCGCUAGGUAGUUACAACAGAUAUCAUCAUAAUUCUGUCCGAGACUGUCUCUUGUUUGCUGGUGCGAAUACGUUUACAAGCUUGCUGGCAGGUUUCGUUAUUUUUGCAACUCUUGGUAAUAUGUCUUACAUAUCCAAAGUACCCAUACACUUAAUUGCUGAGUCUGGACCAGGAUUAGCAUUUAUUAUUUAUCCAAAAGCUUUGGGAACAAUGCCAGGAAGUCCAAUUUGGUCGUUUUGUUUUUUCACAAUGAUUAUACUUUUGGGGAUCGAUAGUAUGUUCGGUGGAGUUGAAGGCUUUGUUGCAGCUAUUGCAGAUUAUUUUCCUCAAAUCAUAUCGAAUGCAUGGUAUCGAGUUAGUUUUGUUGCAGCAACAUGUAUUGUAUCUUACGUUAUUGGUUUAUUUAUGCUAAAUUACUGUUAUGUGGGUAGUCAAUAUUUUAUAUCUAGUUUUCCACCAUUUGUUUAA